AAUUGAAACACUUUUCUAUAUAACACUUUAUUUUCUUUAGAAUACUUAGUUUUUUGUUUCGACAUGACUCAAACUGAAAGCUACGACUUGCAGACUCAAAGAAUGGUUGCUGCCCAGCAGAAUAAUGGGAAGAUAUUUGGGAGAUUCGAUCCAAUUCACAUUGGUCUUGCAGUCAUUUCUAUCAUCUUCCUAAUUCUUUCGAUCGUCUUUAUUAUUCUCUUCGCUACAAAACACGACUCUUCUUCGGGAUUCUUGGCAACUGGAUUUUCCGAUAGUAACGCAAGUGAUGUUUCAAAUGAUCUCAGAGGCCUUCUGAAAAACAAGUACACUGUGAACUCAUUUGCAGCAGAUGUUCAAGACAAAACAGUUAGUGCAGUUUUCUCCCUUCGAGACUCUGUUUCUGCAGAUGAUGUGCAAAAAGUUUUGGCCGGAUCCAAGUUGGUAUCUCAAGUGGAAACGACUUAUGGAGACAAAGCUACUGCCGUAUGUCGUCGACAACAGACAUUUGCUUCAACAGUUUCUGCAGCUCCAACAAAUCCACCAACUACCGUUACCACUGCAGCUCCUCCAGUUGUCGCGAGAUAUUGUAAAAGCAACCCAAUCACCCGUGAUAUUGUUCUUGUCGUGGAUAUGGACGAUCUGGAAAAGAACAAUCACACUGAAAAGAUGGCCAGUUUAACUGUCAUUCGUGAUAGUUUGGUGAAGGGAAUCACUUUCCCACAGGCCAACAUUUUUGUGAAAGCAGUAAUUAAUAACACUGUCACCGAUAUCUCAAAGAAAUUCGCCGACAACGCUGAUCAGUUCAAAAAUGAUUUCAACAUUCUUCUGAACACUGCAACUUUCUACAACGCAUUGUCUUUCAAAUUUGCUGAUGUUUUGGCACAGUCGAUUGCAAAUUUCAAAACAGGACGUCAAUAUGUCCCUGGGGCAAUUUUUGCAAUCACUGACAAACGAAUCAGUUCAGCUGUCGAAUCAAAUCCUAAAGAUAUUGGAAUAUAUGUCGGAGUAACCGGAGUUCGUGAUAGUUAUCUCAAGAGUUAUGCUGACGCUCGUGCUGCUGAUGAAGUAAUUUCCAAGGAAUCUUGGACAGAGCUUGCCAAUUCAGAUCCAUUUGCAACUUUGAUCUGCUCAUUCUUCAAACUUCCAACGACCCAAAUGUCUUCUCAAUUGGAAUAUCUUCGCACUGAACGUGACGCUGUCAUUGACACACCAAAAUGUGAAGUUCUUGACAUGAUUAUUGCAUUCGACACUUCUGAGUCUCUUUCUAGCCUAAUUGUUCCACAAUACGUCGAUUUUGCCAAAAAGCUCGUGGCUCAAUACAAAUACGGAAACGAUAACACUCGUGUUGGAAUCAUCACUUUCAGCAGCGACGUUGUUGAGGUCCGCAAAUUGACCGAUGGAAACACUUUGGAUGCUGUGAACGCUGCAAUCGAUACUGUACAUUACACUGGAGGAUUGACUAAUGUGACGAAAGCUCAGCUUACUGCAAAGAACUUGUUUGACACUGAAUCAAAUGCAAAUCGGAACAAAGUUUUGUUCAUUCUGACUGACGGAGUUCCAACUGUUGAUACAUACACAGAUGAGGUUGCUGCUGGAGACAAGCUGAAGAGCAUCUCAGUUAUUUCAUUUUUCGUGGGAUAUAGCAGCUACAGCGAUGAAGUUAAAACCGAAUUAGGAAAAGUGUCAGAGCCAAAGUAUAUCUUCGGAAACAUGACUUUCCUUCCAGAAAUCACAGCUCAAAUUCUCACUACAUACCCAUGCCCAGUUCCAAAGUGUGUCACUGCAUACUACGCUAUUGAAAUCUCUGAAGCAACUGACGAUUAUGUUGUUCAAAAUCUUCAGGAUAUUCUCAACAUUGCAACCCAAGCAUCAACAAUGCAAACUGGAACUGAAUCUUAUCAAAUUGUCACUUACAAUGAUGCUCAGAAUACUCAAUUCAAUCCAAAAGGAGAUGCAUCAUUCGCUUCUUUCAAGGCAUUUGUACAAGGUCUUAUUGCUGAUCCAAAAAGAAUCGCAGCUAUGCGCAGGGGAAUUACUCGUCUUGACUUGGCAAUUGAUGAUGUUACAGCUGAAAUGAAGGCACAGGCUACCAAGAAUAUUCGAUUCUCUUCAGAUAUUCUAUUCUUUGGACAAGCCAAUGAUGCCGUCUUGAAACCAGAUGUUGAUACUAACGCUAAAUUCCAAUUACUUAAAACUGCAGCCGAUGCUUUGAAAGCUCAAACUGGAGGGCUCAUCUACGUUGUCGAUGAUUCACGACCUGCAAAUAACUUUGGAAAAGAUCUUUGGACGGCUGUAACAUUGAAUAACAACAUCAUCCAAUACUCACAGAACAACGCGGCUGUUCUUAAAACAAACACCGAUUACUAUGAUACUUGGAAGAAGUUAUCAUGCAAUCUUCCAGCAUUGGGAACAUGCUAUGACACACCACUUGAUGUAGCUGUGCUAGUUGAUCUUCAAAAUAAGGAUUACGAUUUCAUGAACUACAUCACAAAACUUCUCAAUCAAUUUUCCACUCAAGAUGACACCCACUUCUCGAUGUUUGCUUAUGGUGCAUUCAAAACUUCAGUAAUCUCCGGUUUAUCCGUUCAUAGUUCUCAAGAUAUCUCAAACUUCGCUGUUACCUACGAAGACUGGAGAAAUGGAACUUAUUUCAUUACAACCACCACACCUGCACCAACAACCACUAACAAACCGGCAAACUUCUGGAACAAUAAUCUCUAUACAGUUGAUCAAACGAUGAUGUCAGGAGUAUUCGAUACCUUGGGAACUCAAUUCGGAUGUGGACACUACAGUGACGAUACGGAUCGUAUAUUUGCUCCAAAUCUCUUCAUUUUCGCAUCUGAUAACUUUGGAACUUAUGAUGCUUCAGUAUGGACUGAUUUCCAAGCUCAACUUCGUAACAGAUACGGAUGCUGGGAUUGUGCUGGUACCCCUACAUUCUUGUUCAUUUCAAGAAACGCCGCGGGACCUCCAGACACACUUGCACUUGGUCAAACAAUUCAUCUGACAACUGCUGAUUUGGAUAUUGAUGCAUCGGAUGAUACAUCAACACAAUCAAGCAUUAACCAGUUCAAUAAUCUUUUGAAUACCAUUUGUGUGACUGCACUUCCGACAUGUACAACGUACACAUCAACAUGCAAGGUUGCCUAAAUUUGCAUGAGACACAACUCACAACCUGAAGAGCUUUAAUCUUAAAUUUUGUUUUAUUUUUUUGUUUUUCUUCUCUGUUGAUACAUAAUCUGAACAAUAAACAUUUUAUUACUG